AUGUCAAACGUGGAUGAAGCCCCGGCCGCAGUGCCGAAGACAACUCUCUUGGCAGAGGAAGAAUUCCAAAAGCCUGUGGUAGCUCCAGAUGCGCCAAAUGAUGUAGUCCAAGGCGACAACAGUGAUGCGGCAAGUGUAAAGUCUAUAGCAACGGAUGAACUGCUUCCCAUAGACUCAGGCCAUUCUCCUGAUACCCAAGAAAGGAACGUUGGGCUAGACAUCCACAAGCUUGGCUGGUCUGGUUCGAAUUAUGAUGAUUAUGAUGUUGUCACAGUACAUGGUAUUCGUGAUGAUUAUAAGACUGCCUGGAUUACUAAGAAAGGUAUAUGGUGGGUGAAAGAGCAGCUCUUCAAAGGUCUAUCAACUAGGCAGAUCGACUAUGCGUACGAAGUUAAUGAGAGCUCGGAGCUUUACGGUCCUGAUGGCAUCCGACUACAUGCGCAGCGGCUCGUCGCCGAAUACGCUGAUAUUCGCGGGAAACUUGAGGGUACUGAAAGUGACCGCCCAAUAAUAUGGAUCUGCCAUGAUCUCGGAGGCACGAUCGUAAAAGAGGCUCUUUCGUUAGCUAUGGGCCACCCUGACAUGUAUGGCAAGAUGGCUAUCUUGACUACAGCAAUUAUCUUUCUGGGCACACCUCAUCAUUCUCAUUCCGUGGAGGACCUUGAAGACCAACUACACAAGCUUAUUCUUCUUCCAGGUCCUGAGAUCCGAAACCAGGCCGUGACAAAGAUCAAGAACCUCGCCAAUCAAGUGAAUAGAGUAAACGAGGCGUUUCCCGCUACCAAGCUCCUGGACCGGGCUCUGAUAUUCAAUGUACUCACUCGGGAUGGUGGAAACCCAUCUAAAGCAUUGACUUCUCUUUCCCAAUUCGCAUUGACACUAGGGCAUUCAUUUUAAGCCGCAGGAAUACGAUAUAUUGAUAAGCUGGAUCAUUUGG